AUGGAUUCCAGUUUAAGAAAUAGCAGAGGGAGAAGAAUAUUGGCUUUAAUUAAUCACCGUGUAGAUGGACCUCCGAAAACAGUGUCAGAUGAAAAAGAAAACGAUGAUACCAAUGAAAUUGAGGGCAAUGUUUCUUCAAAGGAACAUAGCAGUGGAAAUACUCAACGCAGUCGCUCCAACAGCUCCUCUUCCUCGAGCUCUUCCAAUAGCAGUACAAGUUCUUCAUCAUCUACUUCAUUCAUUGAAGAUAGUGAUGAUUCCGUCAAGGAUCCUCCCUACCAACCACCUGACAGUCAAGCCCCCGUGUCUCCAAUAAUGUUUGACUACUUUAGUGAAAAUGAUAAUGAACAAUUUAGACAGUUGCCGGUACAAUCAGAUUUAGUCAUAAGCAGUGAUGCUAAUCAUGUUCCAGAUCAAGAAAAUACAGAAAAUGCAAUAAAAAAGAGAGGAAAACGUAAAAGAGAUGAAACUAACUGGCAAAAGAAUGUUAUGAAAAAACUAAGAAAUGAAGGAAAAUCCUAUGUGAGUACUUCUAAAAAAAUUGUACCAGCGCGUAAAAUUAAAAAUGCCUGUUUUGAAAAAUGCAAAUUGAAGUGCAGCACAAAGUUUACUGAAGCUGAAAGAAUGUCUAUAUUCGAUGAUUAUUGGUCGCUAGACAGUAUUUUAAAACAGUGGAAUUAUAUUUCUAAUUGUAUAGAGGAUAUAAAACCUAAGUAUCGCUAUGUACGUGAAGGUGGCACCAGAGAAAAGCGCCGGUACAAUAGUGCAUUUUAUUUUAAUUUGCAUGAAGAAAAAAUAAGAGUGUGCAAAUUGUUUUUUAAAAUACGCUUGGAAUCACAGAUCGACCUAUCCGAACAGUCUUAG